GGCGAGUUGCUCCUCAAAGCGGUUUGUCAUCUGAUCGAGAAAUCCUCGGCGGCUGGCCUGCCACUGCACGGAGAUCCGGUUGUCGAGACUUGGCGUUUGUUUCUGGACAAUUGCGUUGGACAUAAGGAAUUGGAAAUACAGCUAGAAAAACUGGAAAGGUGUUCAGUCAUUGCCCUAGACGCAUUAUCAGAAGGACAUAACCUCCUACUGGACCAAGCUGUACGCGAAACCGGAAUGAGCUGCCUCGUAAACUACCUGAGUUUUCUGUUUUCCAAUCCGAAAACAAGCAAUCUGGAUCCGAUUCUAGUUGAGGAAAUCGUAGUCUCCAUCGCUCAGCAAGCUGUGGAAAAGAUUGAUCGCACUCGAGGUGUCGCGGGACAGGCAUUUGCUGAUAUCCUUCAUCACGAUACGGGUGCACUCACAACGUAUCUUCUGGCUCAUGAAUCAGAUCCGGAAUUCAUUGUCCAAUUUUUAACCAUUGUGGAACAAAUUUCCGCACAGUUUGCCAGUGAGGAACGAAUUGUCGUGCCAUUGUUCAAAUUUAUGGAUUUUCUACUGAAUGACCCGGUGAUCACUGGCGCACUAGACGGAAACAGUUUUGGCGGAAUGCUCCAAUUUGAUGGACCCGUUCGGAAGCGUGCAGCGAAUCUGAUGAUGAUCCUCAUGGCACAUCGAUACCCGGUGGUUCGCAAAUCUUCUGCGACAAAACUUUAUGAGUGUUUGCUUGUGUUCGAUUUUGUGGAACCAGACGUGAUGGAUCAGAUAACCACGUUGCUUACGGAAACCAUCUGGGAAUCCGAAUUAACUGAAGUUCGUCCGAUUCGAAACACAAUUUGCGAACUACUUGGUUUAUCGGUACCUCGAAUGAUCAAUCCAAAAUCGACCCCAGGUCGGGACACACCCACUGAUCGAAGUCAUUCCGCAAUCUCAGUUAAUGGGGAUGCAGGUGAUCGCGCCUAA